CUCUCUUUUUGUGUGUGUUUGCGUGCUUCAUGGGUGCCACCUCCAUGUCACAGCAGGUGUGUGUGUGAAUGGCUGGGGAGGGAGGUAAGAGAAGGAAGGUUGGGCAGGGCGUAGAGACUGGAUAGGAGCUGAAGUAGUACAUGCAUCUUCACCCAAAGUGAAGUUUGACUUUCUCUCUCACACAGGCUCCCUCGCAGAGCUGCAAUGAAAAACUUUUCUUAGCUCUGCUCUCAGCUCCAGUCACCAGAGAUGAUGCUUCAGAGGAAAGCUGCAUGAGGAUACUGCAGAACAGAGCCGAGACAUAGCUCUGCAGCCGAGGGGCUGCUGUUCUUUCUAUCUUUGUCCCUCUUUUAAUUUGGACACUGGGGAGAAAUAAAUAGCUCAACACACUCUGUUGGGAGGCAAAUGAAUGGAGGAGACUCGAGGGGGAUUUCACAAGGCUGUAUUGACACCAGUGGAUUUGGAAACAUGUUCUGGAUGGACCAAAUUGCAUUUGGCAUAACAAUUCUCAUCAUUAUUUUGUAAAAGUGUUUUUUUCCCUGAGGACCCUGGACAUUUCGGGGGAUUUUUGCAAGAAAAACAAAAGCAUAUCAUAUUUUUGGCUCAAGCAUGUGCUCUUUAAUAAUGCUUCAUCAGUGGAGUCUUGCUGUGCUCCUGCUGUGCUCCCCAGUGACUCACGAUGGGCGAUCAGUUGAUGCACUUAUUAACAGAACGAGGAGGUCGGUGAGCCACGCCCAGCUGAUGCAUGACAAGAGUCGCUCCCUACACGAGUUCAGGCGGCGCAUGCUGCUACAGGAGCUGCUGGAAGAGGUGCACACAGCCGAUGAGCACGCGCCGCCCGUGCAGAGCAGAACCUCCAGCCAAACCUUCAGUGGAAGCCCCCUACGCCAGAAACCCCCGGGGGCCACCAAGAACCUCCCCGAGAGAAUCGGGCCAGACGGGGAAGGCCCUAACCUCCCCCAGGAGACCAACAAGGCUGUUGCUUAUAAGGAUCAGCCGCUAAAAGUUGCCACCAAGAGGAAAAAAAAGGUGAGGUUAAGCCGGCGCAAUGAAAAGAAGAGGUGGAGAGCAAGGUCUGCCAACACAAAGGGGCCACGAGGGACACAGCCUGCCUAAAAGACCACCAGAAGGUUUUUUUUUUGCGUGGUGCUGCACUAAAACACUGACACAGACUGACUGAUGGCUGGCAGACUGUUUACGGUGCCAGGGUCUUGCUUUUACGAUAAAAUGUUUGCCGUUUCGUUUGCUCACACAACCCAGAGUUUCACCAUUAAAGCCUCCAUACUGUAUUUAUUUGAAAGCUCUUUUCACCUCCAAUGCCGUUCAAUUCAGUGGGGUAAAUUGUCAUUUCAAAUCAGCUGUGUGCACAGGUGGAGCACAGAGGGAAGUACUCACUUCCUAUGUAGAACAAUAACAACAAAAAAGGCAAUGCAGAGUGAUCUGAUUUGUUUGGCUCUGUGCACGUUGACUAUGAAGAACUUGGAGUCGAGACGCUCCGUGCAGUGGUUCAACCAACACAUCUGUUCUAAUAGUUCCGACAUAAUUUAUUUCACCUUGAAAAUGUAUAUUAUUUUGUGAAUGUAUCACGGUGCUGCUGAUUAAAUUCCAUUAUGCACUUUAGUUACAUCCUGUAUACGUUCUUUUGUGGUUGUGAUUUAAUGUAGUGAUUUUUAUCGAUGAAACUACUUUCCUUUCCCACCUCAGAUCCCUCAUGGACUCAUAACUUAUUGGAAGCUUCAUCAAACCCACUCCCAUCACUUUGCAUUACAGUUCUUUUUUCAUGGAAUAUGCCAGAGUAGGGCUCUCAGACUCAAUGUUCUGCACUUGCACUGAGGGAAUGUUGUACAUGUUUCCAGUUAAUCAAACAUUAAAAAUGUAAGCAUUGAAAAAAA